UAACACUAUUGGUAAGAGGCAAUAAAAUUGCUCUAAUUGUAGAUCGAUUCGUUUGGGAACGUGUUGUUUUUGUUUUGAAGUCAAAGACAAUAUUUGAAAAUGUUUUACCAUAUAUCGCUGGAACACGAUAUAUUGCUGCACCCAAGGUAUUUUGGGCCUCAAUUACAUGAAACAGUUAAACAAAAAUUGUAUACUGAAGUUGAAGGCACCUGUACUGGCAAGUAUGGCUUUGUCAUUGCUGUCACCAACAUCGAUAACAUUGGUGCUGGCGUCAUUCAGCCUGGACAAGGAUUUGUAGUUUAUCCAGUGAAGUAUAAAGCCAUUGUAUUUAGACCUUUCAAAGGAGAAGUAGUAGAUGCUAUUGUCACCCAAGUCAACAAGGUUGGAAUGUUUGCAGAAAUUGGACCUUUGUCAUGUUUCAUAUCACAUCACUCAAUUCCAGCUGAUAUGGAAUUCUGUCCUAAUGAAACGCCACCUUGCUAUCGUUCCAAAGAUGAGGACGUUGUGAUAACAGCAGAAGAUGUUAUAAGAUGUAAAAUAGUCGGGACUAGAGUUGAUGCAUCUGGAAUUUUUGCAAUUGGCACUCUUAUGGAUGAUUACUUAGGUUUAAUUGGAAGUUAAAACUUAAACUUCAAGAAAUCAUUUUUCAUUCAAGACAUUUUCAAGAAAAAAAUUAUUUGUACAUUUAUCAUGUUUUUUAAAUGUAAAAUAUAAGCCAUAAUAAGUAUUUUACAUCAUUGAUUGUAUUAUUUUUUAUUAAUAAAGAU